AUGAAGAGAUCUUCUCUAUUGCACUCAUCAGCACUGUCAACUUUGAAUACUGAUGAAAUUAGACGGAUUGUGGCAGUUAUUGAACGUGAUUUUAAACUACGACAAAAGGAAUGUAAACGCAUUGAAGAAUUGAAAAGAACGAUUCGACAGGAAUAUGAGCGUGUUGAUCAUGUCGUUCCUUCGAAUCAAAGAUGUAUUCGAUGUUCGAAAUCGUUUCGACGUAUCUUCGAUCCGAGAGAAGUUUGUUCGAAAUGUAUGUCGUAUGUUUGUCAGAAUUGUGCAACGUAUACGACGCAGACGAAAACGUGGACAUGUAAAAUGUGUUCAAGGAUAAAGGAACUGCAAGGUUUAACGGGUGAAUGGUUUUACGUAGAAAUUGGAAAGAAAUUUAAACGAUGUGGAAGCGCAAAAAUUGUCCGACAAUUAUAUAAACGAGAGAAGGAGUUGGCUGAUAUCGAUGAACUAGACGAAGAUUUGGGAUAUGGAACAUUACCAAAAAGCGAUAGUACUGACUCUGGCUCGGUGGUUUCCUAUAUUGUUCAUGAUAAAAGUGUUCGAAAUGAAUUGAACCAAUACGCACAACGUUUAAUUCUCUUGCUUGAGAAUCUAGAAUCUGAUCUAACCGAUACAGGAUUAUCUACACAUAAGAAAAGUACAGAAAGUCUUCAAAGUCAUCAACAGCAAAUCUCUUCGGAAAUCACGCGUGCCCGUCUUGCUCUGUGUGGUCCGAUUCGACGUACGACUACGGUAAUCGAUCCAGCAUAUGAGAAUGAUUUACGCAAUUUAUUGAUUCACAAAACGGAACAAGUUCUUCGAGCGCGUCUCUCACAAAUACAAAAAAAUUCAUUAUUACAAUCCACAGAUUUCGAUGAAUUAUUAUCGCAAGUUAUAUUUGAAAAGAAGAUGCACACGUUGUCAUCUUCUUCAACUGGCAAGUCUUCUUCUUCUUUCGAAAUAUCAGUUGUUGAUGAAGAAGAAGGAGACGACUUGACGCCGACGGAAAGUUCCAUGGGAGAUGAGAAAUCUGAUUCUCUUGCCAGUAAACAUCGUUUUAUCGACACCGAUCCUGAUACUAUCAAGCAAUCUACCCAGCGGGUCGACAAUUGGCAUACCAAUUUCCCUCCAAUCGAUAUCGACAGUAUCCCGUCGGAUGGUGAACAAGUAGAAUCAUCUACUUGGUUAUAA